UAUAUACAUUUGGUUGAUUCUAAGUCUUAUAUUUGCUUGUUGGUAGGUUUCAUCAGCUUAGAUUGUGGAUUGCCAACAAACACAAGUUAUAUUGAAUCAACAACAACCCUUCGCUUUACCUCAGAUAUUCCCUACAUAAACAGUGGUGUAAGCAAAAGCCUAUCCUCUAAUUAUCAAAUUUUAUUUCAACAACAAUACCAUCAUGUUAGAAGCUUUCCACAAGGACGCAGGAAUUGUUACACUAUAGGCAUUAAAAAAGACACUAAGUAUUUGAUGCGAGCAAGUUUCUUGUAUGGAAACUACGACGGGCUUAGUAAACUGCCAACUUUCGAUCUCUACUUCGGAGAUAGUUUAUGGACAACAGUGAAAUUCAUCGAUGAAAGCAUCGAUAUCACAACAGACAUCAUACAUGUUACCUCAAACAAUCAAGUACAAAUUUGCCUUGUAAAUACAGACAAUGGGACUCCUUUCAUCUCUUCAUUGGAAUUCAGACCUUUGUCCAGUGAGACUUACGUCUCAACAACCUCGUUGUUGCAUUAUAAUCGAUUAGAUAUGGGUACAACAACAAAUAAAACAUACAGGUUUCCAGAUGAUGCCUAUGAUCGUUUUUGGGUGCCUUUCAACUUUGGCCAGUGGGCAAGCAUAAGUACCACACUUAAGAUAGAAUCUGAUGAUAACAAUUAUUUCCAGCUAGGGUCUGUUGUCAUGGGAACAGCAGCAGUUCAAAUAAAUAUAAAUGAGUCCUUGCGGAUCCAAUGGGAGUCAGAAGAUGAGACAACCCAAUAUCAUGUAUAUAUGCACUUUGCUGAGGUAGAAAAUCUCCAACCCAAUCAAACAAGAGGAUUCAACAUUACCUAUAAUGGCCAAUAUAUGUAUGGACCUUUUACUCCUCAUCACUUGAGCACAACAACAAUUCAUACUACAAAACCAAUACCAUUGCAAAAGCAGCCAACCAAAACGCAUCUAUUCUCACUUGUUCCAGUUGAAAAUUCAACACUUCCUCCUAUCCUCAAUGCUAUGGAAACUUAUUCUGUAAUAGAUCUUUCUGAACUAGCAUCAAAUCAAGGAGAUGUGGAUGCAAUAAGAAACAUCAAGUCAACUUAUGGAAUAGUUAAAGAUUGGGAAGGAGAUCCAUGCGUUCCAAGAGCAUACCCUUGGGAGGGUAUAGACUGUUCCAACGAAACUGCUCCGAGAAUUGGAUCUCUGAAUUUGUCAUCAAGUGGAUUGGCAGGGGAAAUUUCUUCAUAUAUAUUCAAUCUAGAAAUUAUACAAACUUUGGACUUGUCGAAUAAUAACCUGACAGGAAAUAUCCCUGCUUUUCUUUCUACAUUGAAAAAGCUUAAAGUCCUAAAGUUAAACAACAACACGCUCACAGGGACUGUUCCAUCUGAACUCAUUACGAAAUCCGUUGAUGGUUCACUAUUGUUAAGUGUUGAAGGGAAUCCAAAUCUAGAUGCAUGUCUAUCAGAUUCAUGUGCAAAGAAGAAGAGUGAGAAAAAUAGCGUGGUUAUCCCAAUAGUAGCAUCAAUUGGUGGGUUGGUAGCCAUUGCUGCAAUGGCAACUAUCAUCUUUUGGAUUGUUAAAUUAAAGAAGAACCGACAAAAUGGAACUGGUGUUUUAUUGGAGUCAAAAAGGAGACAGUUUACAUAUUCGGAAGUAUUGAAGAUGACAAAUAAUUUUGAGAGAAUUCUGGGCGAAGGUGGUUUUGGAAUGGUUUACUAUGGCCUCAUCGAUAACGUUCAAGUGGCUGUAAAGUUACUUUCUCAAGCAUCUGGGCAAGGCUAUCAACAGUUUCAAGCAGAGGUUACACUUCUUUUAAGAGUUCAUCAUAAAAACUUGACGAGUCUAGUGGGGUAUUUGAACGAGGGAGACCACAUUGGCCUCAUUUAUGAGUUCAUGGCCAAUGGAAACUUAGCAGAGCAUCUUUCAGAGAAGAGUUCGCGUGUCUUAAGUUGGCAAGAUAGACUCCGAAUAGCCAUGGAUGCAGCUCAAGGAUUGGAGUACCUGCACGAUGGUUGCAAACCGCCCAUAAUCCACAGAGAUGUGAAAACAACAAACAUCUUAUUGACAGAGAAUUUCCAAGCCAAACUUGCAGAUUUUGGUUUGUCCAAAAGCUUCCCAACAGAGGGCAAUAACACCUACAUGUCCACCAUUGUAGCUGGCACUAUUGGUUACCUUGAUCCAGAGUACUAUAAAUCAAACAGGUUGACUGAGAAAAGUGAUGUGUACAGCUUUGGGGUUGCUCUAUUGGAGAUAAUCAGCUGCAAACCUGUAAGACCACUAACUGAUACUGAUGUUCAUAUCGUCAAAUGGGUAAACUCCCUGGCAGCUAGAGGGGAUAUUAAUGGCAUAAUUGACCGAAGAUUGGAUAGAAAUUAUGAUGUGAACUCAGUUUGGAAGGCAGUGGAAGUAGCGAUGAAUUGUGUAUCCGAGAAGCCUGCAAAAAGACCGACAAUGAACCAAGUGGUGGCAGAACUGAAGAAUUGCUUAGCCAUAGAAUUGGAACGGAUUAGGGAGAAUCAAGCUUUGAAUUCGACAAACUCCAUGAACACGAUGUCCAUUGUUAUGGAUUACAGUGUAUCCCAUCCAUUGGCAAGAUGAAAUCCGCUGAAUUUCAAAUGGGCAUUGCAGAUUCAUGGUCCUUCAUCUCACUUUGUGUUUGGAUUAAAAAUUUAUCUAUAAUUGUAUUAAAUUUGAAUUGAUGUUCAUUCUUGUUUCAAAUUUGGAUAUAAACUUUUGAGUGUAGUCUCCACCAUGUGUUGUGAAAUGUUGGUUCCUUGACAAUAGUUUAAUAUAAAUUCGAAAUUUAUUGGUUUUA